CCGACUGGGUUAGGACUGGGUUCUAGCAGCUAUUCCAAAAACAAAACAAAAUCAGCACAUCAGAAAAGAUGGUAGAUAGAUCUCUAGCCGAUUACGUCUUCAAAGUGCUUGUGUUGGGUGAUUGCAACGUGGGCAAAUCAAGCCUUAUUCGGCGCUUUCACGAUGACGAAUUUAACGCACAACUUUGCACUACAAUUGGAGUAGACUUCUUUAUUCAUGAUUUUGAUCUUGAUGGCAAAAAAGUUAAGCUACAAUUAUGGGAUACUGCUGGAGAGGAGAAGUACAGAGCUCUCAGCCGGAGUUUUUUCCGGGGUGCAGAUGGAGCCCUUUUAGUAUUUGAUGUGUCAGUCAAGGAAUCUUUUGAUAGUAUAAGAGACUAUUGGCUGCAUGAGUUUCACAAAGUCAGUGGCUCUGACACUAUAACAAUACUUGUUGGCAAUAAAUGUGACAAAAAGGACAAAAAAGUUAGUGAAGAAGACAUUCAGAACCUUUCCAGUUGCUACAAUCUGAGUUGGCUUGAAACAAGUGCUAAAGACAACACCAAUGUUAAUGAAGCAUUUGAAGCAAUGGCAAGGAAACUGGUGGAGAACUUGGAACAGUAUCUGUCAAUGCCACAAUCUCAUCAGAGUGGACCAAACAGCUUCACACUGCAUGGGGCAUAUAAUGUACCAGAAGAAAUACCUGGGUGGUCUAAUUACUGUGGCUGCUGAUAGUGAGGGGUCCUUAGGGGGGAGGGAUGGGAAAAGACCAGAGCGGCUGCUGAUAAUAAGGGUGGGGGGAGGAGUACAUACUUGCAAUGGGAUAGAUGGGAAGGUUGUCUUUCUCGGGGGUGAUUGUAUAUAUAUAUCUAUAUGUAGUAGAGUUGGGGGGGCGGAGAGGUGUACUUGGAAUGAAAUAGAUGGAAGGUUGUCUUUUUUCUGAGGUACAGAUAGUGAUUGUGCAUUUAUAAGUAUAUCUAUAUCUUUUUAUUUUUGUAUUUUUUUAUGUUCUUAUCAGAGGUGUCCCCAUGAACUGGACAGGGUUUAUCAUUUUUGCCUGAUCUGUAGUUUUUCAUUACUCCCUAAAGCCAAAUGAUAACUACAAAGAGCUGGGGGGGGGGGGGGCAUGGGCGCUUUUAUAUUUUUAUAGCACUUUUGAAAUAAUAGUAAAUACUGUACUGUGAAUAUCAUCAUAGUCAGAGUGGCUGCGUUUGCUGAUUGUAAAAUUAUGGUGGCAUGACAUUAUUUUAAAUAUCAUUGGUGGAUAUAUUACAUUAAUAUUAUCUAUUCUACAUAAGUCAUCAUCGAUAAACUGAACCUGAAGCUGAGUUACUGUUUCUCUGCGAUUUGUCACCAGGGUUAAUUGUUUGUGUUGAUAUGGGAUUUCAGUAUAGCCACCAUGACUCCUUUUCUGUAUUCUACCAGACAUACGAACUUGAGAGAUAAAAAUAAACCAGAAUAAAAAU